GCGGUGCUUGCCUGCCUCUUGGAGGGGGAAGGAGGGCAGGGCAUGGGCGCUGGCAGAGCCCAGGCAGGAGCCGCCGGGCGCUCCGGCUGGGGACAUCCCGGCUGGCAUCGUGCUGCUGUGGCUGUCCCGGGAGCUCCAGGAGUCCUGCUCACCUCACACGCUGUGGUGCCCGGCCGCCCACAGGGGUUGCGUGGGCAGCCCGGCUGGCUGGCUGGCGGGGGUGGGUUUGUUUUUCUCUGCCAGAGAGAAUCCCCACUAGCUGGCUGGCUGGCUGUCCCUUUACCACUCUCUCCAUGAAUGGGACUCUUUCACUGGGUGGAAACCUGAAUGAAAAAUAGGGAGGCUCCAGGCUGCUCUGCUCCGCCAGGAGAGGAGAGGAGAGGAGAGGACAAGCCUGGAGAACAAGCGGCAGCCUCGCAGCUCUCAGCGGGCCUCAGUGGCCUCCCCACUCGGGACCCUCCUGCUGGCUUCUCGGACUCCCAGCACUCCCAGGCCGCCUGAUUCCCCCAAUGGCCAGGUAAACAGAGAAGCUGAGUGGGCAAAGCUGCCCCCCUCCCACCCGUGCCCCACCCCCGAGUUGAGAUUGCAGCCAGCAUCCUCUCACUCCCGGGCUUGCCUCUUCAGAUCACAGCAGCAGCAGUAGGGGUAGCGGCAGCGGCAGUAGCAGCGGCAGCGGCAGCAGCUGUUCUCACUCACUCCAGCUCGGAUCCAGCUUCCGAGAUGCCAGAGCAGAGCAACGACUACCGGGUGGUGGUGUUCGGGGCAGCCGGAGUGGGGAAGAGUUCCCUGGUUCUCAGGUUCGUCCGGGGCACUUUCCGGGAGACCUACGUGCCCACCAUCGAGGACACCUACCGCCAAGUGAUCUGCUGCGAGAAGAGCGUCUGCACCCUCCAGAUCACCGACACAACAGGUAGUCACCAGUUCCCGGCCAUGCAGAGGCUGUCCAUUUCCAAGGGUCACGCCUUCAUCCUGGUGUACUCGGUCACCAGCAAGCAGUCCCUGGACGACCUGCUGCCCAUCUACGAGCAGAUCCGCCAGAUCAAAGGCGACGUGCAGAAGGUGCCCAUCAUGCUGGUGGGCAACAAGACGGACGAGGACCAGAGGGAACUGCAGGCCAGCGAGGGGGAAGCCCUGGCCAACAAGUGGAACUGCUCCUUCAUGGAGACCUCGGCCAAGAACAACUCGAACGUGCAGGAGCUCUUCGAGGAGCUGCUCAACCUGGAGAAGAGGAGACCCGUGUGCCUACAGGUGGACGGCAAGAAAGCCAAGCAGCCCACCCGGACCGCCCGGCUCCGAGGCAAGUGCUGUCUUAUGUAAGCCAGCCCCGAGGGUCGCGCCGCGCCGCGCCGCGCCGCCGCCGCCGCCGCCGCCGCCGCCGCCACCGCCAAGCUCCAGGACCCUUCGCUUUCUUUGCAUGGUGUCUGUCUUAAGGGCAUGGACUACUCCUCCCUGUCGGAAAGUGGCCCCCGCAGCAUUAGCGAUUCGUGAACGAGGGAUCUCAGCUCGUGGUUCGUCCUACACCAAAUCGGAGCCGAACAAACGUCCUUUGAGGGGUGGGGGGGAGAAACCAAAAUGGGACCGACCCGGACUUGCCACAUUUCCUGGGGGGAGGGGGGAGGGGGGCUCCUAAAGGACUCGAUCACUGCCCCAAACCCCGGCAAAGCAAACCCACCGCGGCGGCCGCAGCCUUCCCCGAGCCCAAGUAUUCCGAACUUUGAAGCCCCACCAAUUUGGCACCCAAAGGCCAGGCUGUCUGGGGAAUAACGCCGCGCACCCCCUUCCCUGACGCCACGAGUAAUCUUGUGUUUGAGCAGCUCGGAGUGUUGGCCCCAGAAAGCCUAACUUGCCUACGCUGCAUAGACUCGGAGAGACCCAUCUUCAGAUUCACCUUGAAGAAAGCGCUGUUGAGGCUGGAAGAGCUGAUCGAGAAAGCCAGCAGGAAGCCGGGUGCUCUCUCUACUGCUCGAUCCAGGGGGGAGAGGAUGGCAUUCGCUUACCAAAGACGUGCUAGUUGUUUCCGAAAUAAAGUUCUCGCUGUCUGUCUGUGUGUAUGUCUGUGUGUGUCCGUGUGUACGUGUGUCGCUCAGCAGCUUCGGUGGCAUGUGGCAGUGAUUUAGAAUAAGUGUGACUUAUUAAAGCUCUUUCUUGCAUGGAA